AUGGCUCUUGUUCGUGCAAAAUCUCUUGUUCUUGUGCAGCUUUCAGUGCUACUACUAAGCUGCUUCACUGUGCUUGGUGAUGAGGUUGACUUGGUAAGUCCUCCGACUUAUCCUCCCGUUGAAACCCCCAAACACAGCUGGUAUCCGUAUCACCGUCCCGGCCACCACCCGGCACAGGCACCGCCACCGUUUCACUUUCAUCCUCUCCCAUACAGAAAGCCUAUAGCUGUGCAAGGUGUUGUUUUUUGCAAGUCCUGCAAGUUCACUGGGAUCCAUACCCUAUGGAAUGCUACGGCAAUUCCUGGUGCCGUCGUGAAACUCCAGUGCGAUAACAGCAGGUACCAAUUGGAAAUAGAAGCCACAACAGACAAGAACGGUUACUUCCUCAUCUUCCCACAAGGCAGAAAGUCUGUCACCACUGCUAGUAACCAUAAGUGCAAGGUCUCCAUAGUCUCGUCUCCCCUGGCUUACUGCAAAAUACCCACAGAUCUAAACGAUGGAAUCACCGGCGCCGCCUUGGAGCGCAGCCCCACGCCACCGCUCCAACUUCCAUUCGAGCUCUUCUCAGUUGGCCCUUUCGCCUUUGAACCUCCUAGGCGUUGUUACUAGACUAUGUCACUGUCUCACAUUGUUAUUGUUGAGAAGAAAUAAACUUGUUUUAUGGGUUAUCAUCAUUUAGUAUUAAGUUUUCUUGAUUCGGUUUGUGAGAGUGGUUGAAUGACUUGUUGUAGUGGUGAGGAAUGGUGUCUUAUUGUAAUAAGUGGCUGA